AAACUUAAAAAGAAAUAAAAUAUUCAAAAAAAAGUCUUUUGACUCUUACAAAUCUAAUUUUUAAAAUACCUCAUUCAUUUCACUGCUAAAAUAAAACACUGGAUAAUUGUGAAACUAAGCAUAACCACACUUUCAGUCCGCCAAAAAAAAAAAAUAAUAAAUAAAUACGAAAAUAACCAAACAAAAUAGAAUCGUUGCGCCAUAACUUAGCCACCCAGCCAUCCAUAUGUAUUGCUUAUAUGGCCGACGACUUGUACGCAACAAAAACAUCAAGAAAUAUUGCGAUAACAGAAAAUUAGCGAUAACACAAGCAAAAACCACAACGAGGGCGACAACAACAAUAGCUCGAUUUAGUGACAAUCGUUGUACUUAGUUCUAAAGCAACGACAGCAAAAACAUUAGACUGACAAAAUGCAAGGGGUGAAGCGGGUGAUAGUCUUCUGCAUACUGAUAGUCAUACUGCCGUCCGCAUUGAUAAUCAUACCGCUCUACCUACGCCGCACCGCCUUUGCUGACGUUAUUUAUCCCGUCGCCGAAUCGGAUAUAAUUGAGAUACGAGAUGGCAUAUCUUCGAUAUUCUGUCAACAACAUUCGCUACGCAUGAAUUCCAACUUCAAUGCAUUUCAGUUGCGCAGCAAGCCCGAAGUCUCCACAAAUCGUAAACACAUACGUCUAAAGAAAUCUAUGACGCUGCCCGAUGAUACAUUAGAAUAUUGGGGCUUCUAUCUGUUGAAAGGCGCUAAAGUGCACCUGAAAUUUUGUUCACGCUACGACGGCUCGCGUAUAUUGGUGGUUAAAGGACAACGUGACCUGAACACCUGCGGUCUACUCGAUCACAAUCAAAAUAAAUUGGGUGCGAACUUUGCGCAUGGUCAUGAGCAGGUGAAGGUAUUCUUUGAGGAUAUACGAGAAAUGGGCGACACGGUGCCGGUCGAUGAGGUGGCGGCUGAAAAGAAAACAGUCGACACUAAUAUGGAAGAGGAGAAUCACGGCGGUGAGGAUUCGAGCGAAGACGCGGAGGAAGAAGCAUUCCAGCGUGCUAAAAAUGCAGCUGCGGUAGAAGCUGCGGCUGCAGCACUGGCCGUGCCGCCACAAAAACUGGAAAGUAAUAGCACACAACCAACUACAGUGAAGUCGUCUAAAAUACGCGGCAAGAAAUUGAAAAAGGGCUCCGUGAGCUCGCUACGUAAUCGUAGAUUACUGACUAAUGCACCCGCCACUGCGUCCACACACAGGCUAACAAAGCGCGAGAAUUCACCAAAAGCGCAUCAAACCGCCACAAACGCUUCAGAUGGAGCAUUUCUGCAGCGCCAUCAAGCGGCGGCGGCACAAAGGAAACAGGAGGUAUAUGAUCAACUGUACAAGCUGCGCCGCCGCAGCAAACGUGAACAUGUUUACGAUCGCAAAUAUAGUCAUGGCGGCAAUGCGAUAAAUUUCACCAUCACUGACGAAUCCAACUCGGUGUCAAGCUUCGAAACGGGUCUGUUCAACUGCUUCAACGGCACCAUAUUACUGGCGGAGGGUUUCGCACCCUCAGCCGAGUGCGUUAAUGCGCAUUUUCUUGAAAAUGGCUCACAACGUAUGCUCUCCAAGCAUGAGAUCACCGAGGACGGUUAUUACUAUUAUAUAUUCUACAGCGACAACGAUUUGGUGCGCAAUGACAUACACGCCAUAUUCGACAUUUACAAGCCGACAUUUCAAUACUCCAAUAUAAGCGAUUCGCAGGGUUGUUUAAAUGUGACGAACUGCACCUUUCCCAUCGGCUUUAUGUCCGACGAAAUGGUCAUCGUGGAGGUGCCGACGCGCGAUGGCAUCGAACACGAAGAGGACGACAUCACCUACCUGAUCUCAACUUGCCAUCCGCGCACGGCCGUCUAUGCGAUUUUCCCCAUCGCGGUGCUAAUACUGAUAUUAAGUUGCUCAUUUUUAUAGAAGCGACGUGGCGCGGCUAAGGCCGCCAACCCAACAACAUGCUUAAUUUUAAUUUAGCUAAUUUUUUUCUAAUUAAUACUUAAGUAUAGAAAUUACAUAAUGAUACGGGACUAAAUAAUUUUUAAUUGUAUACAAUCAGAAAUUUAGCAUAAAAUAGAAAUGUAAUGAAGAGAUCAUCAUUAACCUAAGCGCUUACAAAUUGGCCAUAAAACCACGGAAAUGUCUAACUGUGUCACAAACUAAGUAAAUAACUGAACAAAUGACUAUUUUAGAACAUAAAAAACAUAUUUAGUAGUAUGUGAGUAAAAUGAAAUUGAAUGUAUUUUUCGAACAAUUUUAAAAAAUAUUUUAUAAAAAAGUGUGCAUUGUAUUUUAUAACUGUUUUUGUAUAUUGCCAGCACACAUACAUAUAUGUAAUAUUGACGAUAAUAAAUCAAUUAGUAAUAGGGCGAAACGCUUUUAAUAUGGAAAAAACAA